AUGAGCUUCAUUUCCUUGUUCCUAGGAGCUAUCUUAGUUGCUUUUGUCUUCUAUUUCUUCUCUUAUUUUCGAUCAAAAAUUCGAAAUGGCCAACAAGACAAUACCUCCCUCCCCCCUGGGAAUUUAGGGUGGCCACUUCUUGGUGAGACUCUUGAAUUCCUCCGUACCGCUCGGAAUGGAAUGCCUGGGAAGUUUAUAACAGAUAGGAUGCAGAAACACUCCACUCAUGUGUUCAAGACCUCUUUGCUUGGAAAGCCAACUGCUGUUUUUUGUGGUCCUGAAGGUAAUAAGUUCCUCUUCUCCAACGAAAACAAGGUUGUUGUCACAUGGUGGCCUACCCCGAUACAAAACCUAUUCCCAUCCUCUAUUAUGGCCUCCACAGGCCAUGACACCAAACGAAUGCGCAAGGUAUUCGCGGCAUUCUUCAAGCCUGAUUCUCUACAAAGGUGUGUGGGAACAAUGGAUGCUGUCACAAAGCUUUACUUGCAAAGUGAGUGGGAGGGCAAAGGAGAAGUGAAGGUCUUCCCUAUGGUUAAGUACUACACUUUCUCCUUGGCCUGUUCUUUAUUCACAGGCAUUGAAGACCCAGAAUACAUCUCAAAGCUCUCUACAGAUUUCAAUAUUUUGCUAAAGGGGAUUAUCUCAUUUCCUCUGAAUUUCCCUGGAACUCGUUACAACCAUGCCAUUAGAGCGGCAAAUCGACUUAGGAAAGAGUUUCAAGUACUAAUUGAGCAAAGAAGGGUGGAUCUAUCUGAAAGGUCAUCAUCUUCAUCUCCAAAACAUGACCUAUUGUGGUGUAUGCUCACAACUACUGAUGAGAAUGGGCAGCUUAUGACUGAGAAAGAGGUUUUAGAUAACAUAUUGGGUAUGCUAAUGGGUGGCCAUGACACAACCAGUUGUGCCCUUACUUUCCUUAUGAAGUAUCUAGCAGAGCUUCCCCAUGUCUACGAUGAGAUCUUCAAAGAACAAAUGGAAAUUCUGACGACCAAAGAACCCAAUGAGUUGCUAACUUGGGAGGAUAUACAUAAGAUGAAACAUUCAUGGGCUGCAGCAAAUGAAGCUAUGAGACUUGCACCACCUGUGCAAGGCAACUUUAGAAAGGCGCUUUCUGACUUCACCUAUGCUGGUUUUCAUAUUCCAAAGGGCUGGACUUUAUAUUGGAGUGUGAAUUCCACACAUAUGAAUCCUGACUACUUCCAAGAACCAGAGAAGUUCAACAAAUCAAGGUUUGAAGGAAAUGGAGCUGCUCCAUACACAUUUAUUCCAUUUGGAGGGGGUCCUAGAAUGUGCCCAGGGAAGGAGUAUGCUCACUUAGAAAUACUGGUAUUCCUCCACAAUGUUGUGAAGAAGUUCAAAUGGGAGACUGUGUUUCCAAAUGAGAAGUUUAUAGUUGAUCCAUUGCCUACCCCAGCUGAAGGACUUCCCAUUCUCCUCCACCCUCAUUAAUUUUAACCAUAAAUUACGAUUCUACUCUAGCGAACUAUAUCCCAUGAUUAAUUUUCCUGUAUAGGGUGGACUCUUGUUUUCUAUCUUAUAUGUACUUUCCCUAUUUUGAUU